AGUCGCUGUCAUUAGCGGCCGCAACAAAAAAACGAUUGCGCUUCGCUUCUCUUUUGGAAUUUAUGGUAGUGUAACAAGGGUCGCUUUUGUCUCGCAUUCAUUUUACCCCGUAAAAUAUCCUCAAGAUCUUCAUCAACAAUGCUAGAUUAGUUGUUUUUGAGCUCUAAAAGACUUAUUAUAUCCGCUAUUGCGAUUAACUAUUCGAUCUAAAUGGAUCAAUACGCCCGCGAGUAUCGUGUGGCCGUAGCGUCCUGGUAGCGUCAUUUUGUUUCAAUGGAACCCAAGACAGGCGUUGGGAUUCAAGAUCACUGGAUGAAGAGUAUGAUGGAACCUACGAGCAGCGACAAAAACGUAAAACGAGAAAAAAUGGGCGAAGCUUACAAUCCCAGUGAAGGAGUUACUUACGAGCAGAUGAAACAGCAGCAGAACGACAAUAGGUACAGGUGUGAUGUGUGUGACUUAACGUUUGAAGGUAUGGAAUUUUUAAUGCUACAUAAAAAGUUUCAUGGUAACGACAAGGACGCUCCUAUUAUGGAGCCCGAGCCGCCUGUCGAGAAAGUAGGCCCGAAGAAGCGGCGCAAAUUUAAGUGCGAUCAGUGUGACGUCAAAGUUAACUCCCAGUAUCACCUGGACAUCCACCGCAGCAAGCACGAGGGUGUCCAAUCCAAGAAGUACAUCUGCGAAGUCUGCGACAGGAGUUUUGUAGCGGCACAAUUCCUUAAAAGCCACAUGCAGACUCACUCAUCCGUGAGCACAAUCAACUGUGAAAUAUGCAACAAAAGUUUCACGGGCCAGGCGUAUCUCAAACUCCACAUGCAAUUGCAUAAUGAUAUAAAGAAAUUCAAAUGUUCAAAGUGCGAAGAAAUGUUCCCAACAAAGAACUGUCUGAAGAUUCAUAUGAAAAAGCAUACGAAGGUGAAAAAUUUCAAGUGCGAUUGUUGUCACAAAUUGUUUGUAUCGAAGAUCACGAUGGAAAAACAUAGGCAGACUCACGAGGGGCAGCCCGUUGACUGUCUCGUGAAGUGUGCACACUGUGAUCGCACUGUGCACUCAUCGUUACUCAGAACGCAUUUGACAAGAGCUCAUCCUCCAACCAUGGAUGAUGAUGUUAAACGACCACAUAAGUGUUCUACGUGUGGGAAGAGUUUCAUUGUGAAAAUUAAUUUGAAUCUUCACAUACGAGUUUGUCACCCUGAUUUGGCUGAGCCAGAAGACGAAGAGGAAGAUGUGAUGACGGAUAAUUCUUAGAUUGUAAUUUUCUAAGUAACAUGUAUUAUUAGAAAACAGUAAAAUCUGGAUAUGACGAUGCAAGAAUAUGAAGUUGUACAAAAUGGCUGUGCUCUUUUGAACCAGCCUUCUUCUUUCGCUUCCCUUGAUCGUAUGACAAAGGUCAGGUCAAGAUUACCCGAAACCGUUGAGCUUGCAUGAAGAGAGUUAUGUAUGUGUUUGAAGCUAAAGAAGUAUGCAGAGAUCGUGACAAGUGGAAAGAUGUAGUUGCUGCCUACCCCUCCGGGAAAAUAGCGUGAUUUUAUGCAUGUAUUGAUGCACCACUUGUUUAUGUAUUUUCACAUAUUUUUUUGUCUACCAGCCUUGUCAAAAUCUUAAUCUUUUCUAUUGACGUUUGGCAUGUCUGAAGUUUCUUUGCUUGUAUUGAGUUUUGACACAGCCCAGGUUUGACACCACUGUGCUUAGUUCAACUAAAUUGACUUUACAACCUUAGCCAAGACAUUGUGGAGCAAGUCGUUUUGUGCGAAAACCGGUUUGUCAAAGCGUUAUAUCUGAAUUCUACUGUAAUUAUACCUACUUUUUUAUGAUAAAUAAUCCUCUAUUGGUAUUUUAUAAUAGACUCAUUUAUUUUUAAA